AUGAGUUUAUGUAUUGUCUGGCAAGCUCUCUUACAGGCCUUGCAAACCACCACCACCGAAACAAAACCCACAGUCGAUAAAGUCACAAUCGUCAAGAAAAUGCAUCUUCCUUUACCUUAUGAAUUAUCCAACGCACCGGAAAUGUCCCUUGUAUGGGACGUCGUCCCUGUGAUCUGUAAAAGUUUGAUUCCCAAGAUCUUACCGACGUCCAUCGCACGUCGAUUGGACCCCUUGAGUUCGGAGGGUUGGCAAGGUGAUUUUAAAGCGGCAGCCGAUGGGGAGACCCAUGACACACAAAUAGGAACGAUUCAUGUGCCCUUGGAUAUUUGGAAACCCUUGGUGGAGGCCAGUAAGAAACGAGGUAUCAGUCCGCAUGCGAUUUUGUUUGCGACCAUGCUUUUGGCAUGGAAACGAUUGUAUCCGGGACAGACCACUGAGGCAACCACCCCUAUCAAUUGUCGUGGAUUGUGUCAACCUGCGGUCUCCCAAGACAGAGUGGGUAAUUUUGUGGGCUCCCAUACGAGUAUUUGGACAGGUCAACAAUUAGACGAGAGUGAAAAGGAUAUUUGGAAGAUGGCUACCCGAUACCAUCAAGAUUUACAGACGAACAAGAAGGAAGCAGCAAAACAAGCCUUGUUCUUAAAAUACUUGCCAGAAUUCCCUGCCUCUUAUUGUGAUUUUUGGUAUGACAAGCGAAAGAAUUCCAGGUUGGGUAGAACAGGCGGGUUGGAGUUAUCAGAUCUAGGUCGAUUCCGUGAUCCUGAAACAACUUCUUUGUGGAAAUUAAAACAAUUGUAUUUCGGUCAAAGUGCUCAGAUAUUUACUUGUGCCUUUGGCUUGAAUACCAUUUCUGUACGAGAUGAAUUAUAUUGUACCUAUGGUUGGCAAAAGGGUGCUUUGGAUGAGGCUAAGAUUGGCUUAUACCAUGACAUCUUUAUUGGAAUCCUAAAAAAUGUACCCUUUUAA